GCCUGUUAUCCUUUCAGAGUCGGAGCACAGGUACUAGUUGAGACCAGCUGUCCUGCACUCCUGCUUACACGGUGAGCGAUGCUUCACUCUCUUGUUCUUGGUACUGCACCACACCACUCCAUUACCACCAGCAUGGCCAUCGUCCCCAUCGCCAAGCUGCUGCUUCUACUGGCCGUCGGCUUGCCGGCGUCCGGUACAAGUGCAGCCGCUUCUCCCCCUGUCAGAAGCUCCACCAUCAACGGCAGUGAUACCGAUGUUGCUGCGCUGCUCGCUUUCAAAGCACAGCUCUCCGACCCUCUCGGCGUCCUUCGCGCCAACUGGACUGCCACCACUUCCUUCUGCCACUGGUUCGGCGUUUCAUGCAGCCGCCGCCGCCAGCGAGUCACCGCCCUUGUGCUGAACGACGUGCCCCUCCGAGGACCCAUCUCCCCUCACCUCGGUAACCUCUCUUUCCUUUCUGUGCUCAACCUCACCGGCAUGGAGCUCACGGGCUCCAUCCCAUCUGACCUUGGGAGGCUGCGCCGCCUAAAAUUUCUUGCACUGGGCAACAACACCUUGUCCGGCGCCAUUCCAUCGACACUAGGGAACCUCACAAGGCUCGAGUUCAUUAAUCUGUGGCACAAUAACCUCUCGGGACAAAUCCCCCAAGAGCUGCAGAAUUUGCGCAAUCUCAAGCACAUAGAUCUUCUAAAGAAUUACUUAACCGGGCAAGUGCCGCAUGAUCUGUUCAACAACACUUCUCUGCUGAGAUCUCUAAACUUUGGGAACAAUAGCUUGUCAGGAACAAUCCCGCAUGCCAUUGGCUACUUACCCAUGCUCCAAUACCUGAACCUGCAAGCAAACCACUUCUCUGGCCCGGUACCUCCGACGAUUUUCAACAUGUCCAGGCUCCAGUACAUGUAUCUUUUAGGAAACUAUAAUCUAAAUGGCACAAUCCCUGGAAGCAACAACAGCUUUAUCCUCCCCAUGCUACAAGUGCUCUCCCUCUCGGAGAACAGGUUCUCAGGUGAGAUCCCAUUGGGGCUUUCGCAAUGCCCAUAUCUCUGGGGACUUUCCCUAUCAUUAAAUUUGUUCGAGGGGCCAGUGCCGGCAUGGUUAGGCAAAUUGCUAAACCUCAUUAUCAUUUACUUAGGCCAUAACAAUUUUGAAGGACCUAUCCCAAGUGCUCUUGGCAAUCUCACCAAUCUUAUGUCUCUGGACCUUUCAGCUUGCAUGGUAACAGGACAGAUUCCAGCUGAACUCAGCGGGGCGAGGCAAAUCAACCAAUUAUUUCUCGACGAUAAUCAAUUCACAGGACCUUUCCCAACUUUUGUUGCCAAUUUAUCAGAUCUGUCCCUCCUCCUGUUGGGCAAUAACAUUUUCACUGGUUUGGUACCACUGUCACUUGGUACCGCUGGAGCAUUUGAGAUUCUUGGUGUUGAGGGAAACCACCUACAGGGGAAUCUCAACUUCUUAGCCACUCUUUCAAAUUGUAGGCAACUCCGAUAUCUUAACCUCGAAUCGAAUCAAUUCACUGGCGGCCUCCCUGAAUAUGUAGGAAACCUCUCUAGUCAGCUUCAAAAUUUCUUUGCCGCUCAAAACGAGUUAACUGGUCAACUUCCCGCUACCCUGUCAAAUUUAAGCAACCUCAAUGCGCUAGACCUUUCGGAAAACCAAUUGAGUAGCACAAUCCCAGAAUCAAUUCUGAUGAUGGACAAGCUCCUAAUUCUUCGCCUCUCAAGAAAUGCCAUAUCUGGCCCUAUCCCAUAUCGGAUUUCUACGCUAAGUAACCUAGAAAAACUAAUCCUCAACAGCAACAACUUGUCUCAUGCCAUACCGAAUGAUAUUGGAAACCUCACCAAGUUACAAUACCUUAUCGUAUCUCAGAACAAGAUAUCAUCAACUAUACCAGCAAGCGUAUUUCAACUUGAGAGUCUGAUAGCCCUUGAUCUGUCCCAAAACUCAUUGGAAGGAGAAUUACCGGCAGAUAUAGGCCAGUUGAAACAAAUUAACUCGAUAGAUCUCUCCACCAACCUCUUGGUUGGUAUGCUCCCAACAUCCUUUGGACAGCUGCAAACGGUAACCUAUCUUAACCUGUCCCAUAACUCAUUCAAUGGUUCGUUUCCAGACCCAUUGGACAAGUUAACCAACAUGGAAUCACUAGACGUGUCCUACAAUGACCUCUCCGGUACAAUCCCGCAGUACUUGGCCAAUUUUACCUAUCUCACUAGCUUGAAUCUUUCUUUCAAUAAAUUUUACGGCCGAAUACCCGAAGGAGGUGUCUUCCUAAACAUCACCCAGCAAUCUUUGCUGGGGAACACAGCUCUCUGUGGUGGCGUUUCACGUCUGGGAUUUUCACAAUGUCAAAGCAAUCAUCGUCCAACUAAUCGUCAUAUUUUGAAGUUCUUGCUCCCUACUGUUAUCAUAGUAGUUGGAGCUGUCGCUACCGGCGUGUACAUGAUGACAAGGAAGAAAUUCAGGAAGCAGGAAGAGAGGGUGGUUUCUCCUGACAUAGUUGGAACGCUCAACCAUAGGGUAUUCUCGUACCAUGAGAUUGUUCGCGCCACAGAUAAUUUCAGUGAGACUAACCUGCUGGGGGCUGGAAGCUUUGGAAAAGUUUACAAGGGUCAACUGAGCAAUGGCAUGGUGAUUGCAAUAAAAGUUCUAAACAUGCAGCUGGAACAAGCUGUGAGAAGCUUCGAUUCUGAGUGUCGUGUCCUGCGCAUGGCUCGACAUCGCAACUUGAUAAUAGUACUUAGCACCUGUUCAAACCUGGACUUCAAAGCUUUGGUGCUUCAGUAUAUGCCUCAUGGAAGCUUAGAAACACUCCUACACGCUGAAGGUAGAGUGCAUUUGGGAUACCAUCAGAGGUUGGACAUUAUGUUGGAUGUGUCCAUGGCAAUGGAGUAUCUACACUAUCAUCACUUUGAGGUAGUCCUGCACUGUGACUUAAAGCCUAGCAAUGUUCUAUUUGACGAAGACAUGGUAGGGCAUGUGGCAGACUUCGGAAUUGCAAAAUUGUUAUAUGGAGAUGACAACUCCGUGGUUUCUGCAAGCAUGCCUGGGACAAUUGGGUACAUGGCACCAGAGUACGGAUCAGUUGGAAGAGCGUCAAGAAGAAGUGAUGCAUUCAGCUACGGGAUCAUGCUUCUUGAAGUAUUCACAGGAAAGAAGCCCACGGACCCUAUGUUUGUUGGAGAGCUAACCCUUAGGAGGUGGGUUAAUCAAGCAUUUCCAACAAAUUUAAUGGAUAUUGUGGAUGACCGGCUACCGCAAGAUUCUUCUAAUUCCCUCAAUAACCUUUUAGUGCCAAUAUUUGAGAUAGGUUUACUGUGCUCAAAUGACUUGCCAGACCAAAGAAUGACGAUGACUGAUGUGGUCGUGAGACUGACGAAGAUCAAGAAGGACUACAUAGCUUACGCAGAAAUGAUGUAGUGUGCCAGGUUGUAGAUUUUGAUAGAAUGCUCGCAUCUUGGUCAAAUACAUUAGCAUCUUCUCUGAUAUAUUUUCCCUGGCGUGCGUUUGGCUAUAUAACUCUGAGUGAUGAUAAUUUGUGUAUAUAGCUCAUGCUUGUGAUACAGUUUAAUUGAUGUAGAGAAAAGAGCAGAUGUUUUGAUUGCCAAAU